AUGGCGGACACGAGAUCCGUGCACGAAACCCGGUUUGAGGCGGCGGUGAAGGUGAUCCAGAGUUUGCCGAAAAAUGGUUCAUUCCAGCCAACAAAUGAAAUGAUGCUCAAGUUCUAUAGCUUCUAUAAGCAGGCAACUGAAGGACCUUGUAAACUGUCAAAGCCUGGCUUCUGGGAUCCUGUUGGAAGAUAUAAAUGGGAUGCAUGGAGUUCUUUGGGUGAUAUGACCAAAGAGGAAGCCAUGAUUGCUUAUGUUGAAGAAAUGAAAAAGAUUCUCGAAACUAUGCCAAUGACUGAAAAAGUUGAAGAAUUGCUACAUGUCAUUGGUCCAUUUUAUGAAAUUGUAGAAGACAAGAAAAGUGGCAGAAGUUCUGAUUUAACCUCAGUCCGACUGGAGAAAAUCUCUAAAUGCUUAGAAGAUCUUGGUAAUGUUCUAGCUUCUACUCCAAAUGCCAAAACUGUUAAUGGUAAAGCUGAAAGCAGUGAUAGUGGAGCUGAAUCUGAGGAAGAAGAGGCCCAGGAAGACACGAAAGGACCAGAACAACGUGAUAGCGAUAAGAAAAUGAUGAAGAAAUCUGCAGACCAUAAGAAUUUGGAAAUCAUUGUCACUAAUGGCUAUGAUAAAGACAGCUUUGUGCAGGGCGUACAGAACAGCAUUCAUGCCAGUCCUUCCCUGAAUGGCCGAUGCACUGAGGAAGUAAAAUCUGUAGAUGAAAACUUGGAGCAGACUGGAAAAACUGUUGUCUGCGUUCACCAAGAUGUAAAUGAUGAUCAUGUUGAAGAUAUUUCAGGAAUUCAACAUUUGACAAGUGAUUCAGACAGUGAAGUUUACUGUGAUUCCAUGGAGCAAUUUGGGCAAGAAGAGUCUUUAGAUGGCUUUAUAUCAAACAACGGACCAUUUUCCUAUUACUUGGGUGGCAAUCCCAGUCAACCGUUGGAAAGUUCUGGUUUUCCUGAAGAUGUUCAAGUACUUCCUGGGGACGGCAGCACUGGGGACAUGCAGGUAGCAGCAGUUGAAGGCAAAGGUGAAGUAAAGCACGGGGGAGAGGACGGCGGGAGUAACAGUGGCGCCCCGCACCGCGAGAAACGGGCUGGAGAAAGUGAGGAAUUCUCUAACAUUAGGAGAGGGAGAGGGCACAGGAUGCAGCAUUUGAGCGAAGGAAGCAAGGGUCGGCAAGUGGGAAGUGGAGGUGAUGGGGAACGCUGGGGUUCGGACAGAGGCUCAAGGGGCAGCCUGAACGAGCAAAUUGCUCUUGUGCUCAUGCGCCUGCAGGAGGACAUGCAGAACGUCCUCCAGAGACUCCACAAACUGGAGAUGCUGGCGGCAUCACAGGCAAAAUCAUCAGCAUUACAGACCAGUAAUCAGCCCACUUCACCGAGACCAUCUUGGUGGCCCUUCGAGAUGUCUCCUGGUGCAUUAACCUUUGCUAUCAUAUGGCCUUUUAUUGCCCAGUGGUUGGUGCAUUUAUAUUACCAAAGAAGGAGAAGAAAACUGAACUAA